AUGCAAAGGCACGUGAUGUCUAAACACCACAAUGUUGGUCUCACACCAUUUCAAACAGUUCCGUUUUCAAAGAAAUGUCAGCGGUUUCGAUUCGAGCAUCCUUUUACCUCCAUGAUUGCUGGAAUGACCGGCUCAGGAAAAACGGCCUGGGUUCGAUCUCUAUUGCAACAAGCUUCAGAGACAAUUUACCCUCCCCCGGAGAGGAUUGUUUGGUGUUAUUCACAAUGGCAGCCUGCGUAUACAGAAAUGCUAGUCGCCAUGCCACACAUUGAAUUCGUCAAGGGAAUUCCCACGGCUUUGGAGCAGGAUUCCUAUUUUGAUGUGAACAAACGGAAUUUGCUCGUGUUUGAUGAUCAAAGGAUUGACGCCAGUAAAGACAAGCGAACUGUGAACCUCUUUACUCGUGGUUCUCAUCAUCGCAAUCUAAGCGUGAUUUAUAUCGUGCAGAAUCUAUCUCACCAGGAGAAAGGCAGUCGCAGCAUAAGCCUAAAGAGCCAUUAUUUGGUGUUAUUCAAGAACCCACGAGACAAAUUGCAAAUCUUGACUCUUGCCAAGCAAAUGUAGCCCGGGCAAACUGAUUUCUUUUUAAAUCAGUACGAGGAGGCUCUAAAAAGACCUUUUGGUUAUCUGCUGAUUGACCUGAAAACUACUACCCAAGAUAAUUGUCGACUGCGAACAAACGUCCUGCCCAGUGAAGAGGGUUUUAACCAACCAGGGUUUCAAGAAAAUAUUUCUCAAGAGCUUUUAAAAUAUCUAAAGCAGCAAAAUCCUUCGCCUGUCCCACUUCUUCCAGCUAUGCAAGAAAUACAGGUCAACAUGGAUGACUUGCUUUCUCGAAACGAUCUUCGGGGCGAUGAAAAAGCUAAGAGAUACUUUCAGUUGCAAAACAGAUAUCUGGCUUUUAAAGAACAAUUAAAUACAAGAACACGACCGGAAGAAAGCACUGUUCCAGACUUAACAUCAAGCACACAAGAUUCUUCGACAGCAACGGCAGCAUUCUCCACUCCCAUUAACCCCUUCAACGUAACACCUAAACCAACACAAGCGACUAUCUUACAAAAACCUGAAAACGAAAGCUCCACCCAACCACUAACCUUAAAUCCUGCUUUCCUGACCCCUCCUCCCACAGUAGAAACCCCAUCACAAGGCCAGAAGCGCAAAAGACGUCGGAUUCAA